AUGACGGAGCCCAAACUCACCCUCCUGUCGGACCUGACACCCCCGUCCCUAGAACGCACAUGGCUCACCGCACCACACCCCACUCUCCCCAUCGUUGCGACCUGCAGCUCCGACAAGACUGUUCGGAUAUACUCACUCACAAACUUCAAACUCCUAUCAACUAUUACAGGCGGACAUAAGCGCAGUGUCCGCACGGCUGCUUGGAAGCCACACGUACAAGGCGAAAGUGUCCUAGCUACCGGUAGCUUUGACGCUACUGUUGGUGUUUGGCGACGAUGGGAUAGCUACGGGCGCUCCGAGGAGGCUUCCGGGAAUGACAUUUCCAAUGCCAAUGCUGAUAUGGAUGGGGAGGAUGUCGAUGCGGAGGAUGAGGAGGAGUGGCGCUUUGCUGUACUGCUGGAUGGACAUGAUAGUGAGGUCAAGUCUGUUUCGUGGUCACCGUCUGGAAUGUUGUUGGCAACUUGUGCGCGUGAUAAGUCGAUUUGGAUCUGGGAGGAUCUGGAUGAUGGGGAUAACAACUUUGAGACGGUUGCUGUUAUGCAGGAGCAUAGUGGUGAUGUUAAGUGUGUGGCGUGGCACCCUGUUGAGGAAUGUCUCGCGAGUGGCGGAUACGACGAUACGAUUCGACUAUGGAGAGAGGAUCUGGAUGAUUGGGGUCAGGUCGCUUGUAUCAAGAAGCAUGAGGGGACUGUGUGGUUUGUGGAUUGGGAGGGGACCGACACGGUGCCGAGGGUGGAGGGAUCCGAUGCGGUGGCAUUACAAAGUCAAUGGCGAGAACAACGUGUGCUUUCUGGCCCAAGACUGGUUUCUUGCUCGGAUGAUCGUACUGUUCGGGUUUGGCGUCGGCUGCCUAAGGAGAGUGUGCAGAUGGGCGCCUUGUCAUCGGCUGCUACUGGGAUCCCGAGUAUUAUUCGGCCCACUGGUACCGAUGAGACAUGGGAAGAGGAUGCUUUGUUGCCACAUGCCCAUGAACUAGCGGUCUAUGCGGUUGCUUGGAGUCGACGGACGGGUCUUAUUGCGUCGGUUGGUGCUGACGGACGGAUCAUUCUAUACGAGGAGCGGAUUGUACAUCCUGACGCGGAUGCUAUGGACACCGAGUCGGAGGGCAAGGCCCUCCUGCAGACGGAGUGGUCAAUACUCGCCGUGGUGAAUGGUGCGCAUGGUAUCUACGAGAUCAACCACGCUGCUUGGGCCAAACGGGCAGACCGUGGGGCCGUGGAAGAUGAGGAAGUUCUGGUCACAACCGCGGACGAUGGCAGUGUCAAGGUAUGGACACUGCAGCGGUGA